CCAAGAUGACCCGAAGAUGGUGCAAGCUCCCGACGGCGGCAUGGGCAUGGGCGCUGUGCGCGGGAGUAGGAUGCGUGGUGGCGAUCCCACAAGACACAUGCUCGCCGUUUAAUGCGGGAAAUAACUUUGCGGACAGAGUAGUCGAACGCACUACCUGCCUCGACUACUUGGGGCCGGAUCUAGUCGAUGCAAUUGUCUCGCAUGAACUGGACUACGACCGAAAGCUCCCGCUGUCGUUGGUACUCUUUGGCAAUUCGUCCGAGACGCUUCGACACUCGUCCAACGUCCUUGCUGCAACGUACUUUGAUCACGCGUCAACAGCGACAGAUCGACUUGUUCACCUUGACAUCCACGAGUUGAUUCAGUCGAAGGAGUCCAAGAAGGACGUCCACGCAGCCAUCCAUUUAACCCUUGCCAACCUCAUCAAGCGAUGCCCUCGACGCAACAUGCUCGUACUCCAGAACAUCCACCUAAUUCCGCAAGCAUGGCUCCCAGUACUGGAUGUGUUCUUGCAACCACUCAGCGGCAGAAUUCCUUCUUUGAACGGCAAGGGACACAGCGACGAAGGGAUCCUGGACACGGUGUCGACUGUAUUUGUCUUCCUCUUUGAAACCGACGCAAUCACGCUUGAAGCGACCAAGCCGCUGAACUGGAAAGAGUACUUGUACACGCAGUGGCGAUUCCCAGGCGUCGAGUUCACGCCGCAAGCCCUGAUCGGCCGCUUGGGUCAUGGAAUGAUUGUCUCGCAUGCCGUCACCGUAGCCCCCGAGUGUGCUUCCAUGCUAUCGCAUGCACCCUUCAUAGGCCUCGGCAUAUUGUGGCAGCUGAUGACGUUCUUGGUGGGCCUUGUCGUUGCUGUUGUCGUGGGGUGGUUCGGCGUACGUCGCAAAGGCCUAACUGCGCGCAAACAACGUGUACCGAACGAGGACGUGAUGUUUAUUCGACAUUCAUCUUCCUCUCGUCCGGCAGAAACGAUCGUCUCGCAGGCCCAGGAAGACAAUGCUCCACCCCGCGACGUCGCGGAACUCUUGGAGCAACCUACAGACAACACUAUACCCACUCCUCUGAUCUCUACACUCUCGACCGAUUCAAAGAGUGGCGAAACUCCAGUCACGACUGUGCCUUGCUCCAUUGACGCGCCACUUGCGACCGAUCCACAGUGUGACGAAGUUGCUACCACGGCCUCCCUCCUGUCCACUAGCCUCCCUGGCUCCUCGAUCAAGGACCCCAGAGCAAUCCCUGAUGUGCCAAAGCUCACUCCACGCAGAAGUGGCCGAUCCCAAAAAAGCGCACCAAAGCAAUCCCAAUCGAAUGCCAACAGCAAGAAGUACAAGUAAGCAUCAGAACAAGACCAGUCGCUAGUAUACUUUGGACACGCCGAAGCCGCCUUCGUCGUCGCCAUCGCCGCCGUCCGCGUUUUUUCGCUUGGCAAACUUUGUGUCGACGAGGUGCUGGAGCUUGCGCUGUUCUUCUUUCGACAUCUAUCAAUAUUUCCAUCCGUUUUUGCAUUGCACGAAAUCCCAAACGUGUGCGUUUUACUUU